AUGGAUAAUAUUAACGAAUUUGAUAUCAGACUUGAGAAGGAAAUUUAUUAUGCUGGUGAAUCCAUUCGGGGUCACGUUAUCCUGCAUACGACUGAAAACUUCAAGCUGAGGUCUGUAAGAAUAUCAUUACGUGGCCAGGGACAUGCCGAAUGGAAAAUUCUGGUCAGUGGAGAUCGAAGAAAUGUAAAAGAUGACCAGUAUUUUGUCGAUGAGAGGCUCAUCGUCUGGGGACAUGAUACCUCAGAAGGUCCUAUUCCAAUUCUUCCAAGAGGAAAGCAUCAAUUUCCCUUCACGUUCAAUCUCCCCGAAAGUGCUUUGCCAUGCAGUUUUGAAUCUCGAACUGGUUACAUUCGGUACUAUGUAAAGGCUACUGUCGACAGACCUUAUGCGAGUCCUCCACAGGGUCUCAAGUAUUUUACGCUUAUUGGGCCUCAUAUAGAUUGCAUGGAUGAACAAUAUUUGAAGCCUAUGAUUGGAUCUGAAGUACACACGUCCUGCUGCUUUUGCUGUAGACGAAACCCAGUCGAGCUUAGUGCACAAUUAGAGAGAAGUGCAUACGUUUGUGGAGAAAGUAUCAAACUUCGGGCUGCGUUAGAUAAUAAAGGAUUAGAAAAGGCCUGGCUGAAUGUGAAAUUGACUCAGUAUCUGGAAUUCUUUAUUGAUCGUGGGGUUCUCGGUGCGAAUAAAGAGCUACAAAAAGUAGUUUUAGAGCACAAAGGGGAACCAGUUCUGCCAGGUUCUGCCAUGAAAUGGGAUUCUGCAAAAACAAUGGUUCUUCCUGUUUGUCCUCCUACGCUGAUUGGUGUUUGUCGUCUGAUUCAAAUAUAUUACGUAUUAAAGGUCAGUGUACAGCUGGAAAAAUCUGGGGAGGAUAUGCAAAUGCAUUUUCCAUUCACAGUGGCGACUGUUCCUUUCAGAAUACCAAAUAUCACAAAACAACCACAAAUUAAAUAUGAAAUCGCCGCAGAGCACGUCGAAGGUGGUUGCUACGUCGGUCCAGAAUUUCUUCUCGGACAGGUUUACGACGGCUCUGAUCAUUUGACUCAACCGCCCUUAAUUCUCUACAGGCCCGUUUACGUUUCCAUCAACACCGAGGGUCGGAGAUCUUUGAAUCGCUGA